CCCCGGGGACCGGGCGGGGCGGGCAGCGGGACCGGCCCUGGGAUGGGGCGGCCGCUCCCCUGCGUGUGGGCAGCCCCCGCCGCCCUGCCGGGCGUAGAGCGGUGGGGCUCCGCUGCCCUCGGCCCCUGGGGCUGAUGAGGAGAUUGCCCGCUGUCUUGUCUCCCAUGGGAGGUCCUGCCCCUAUUUCUCCUUGCCCGGGGGCGGCGCAGGGCCCCGGCGGCCGGAGAGGCGCUGGUCUGCAGCAGGCCCACGGGCCCCUGUGCUCCCCGGGAGCCGGGCUGUGCUGGCCGGGCAGCCGGCCGUGCCCCCGCCUCCCUUUGUUGCUGCUCCUGCGGCGCUCCGGGUGGGAUCCCGGUGUUCCCGGGCCCGCCCCACGCCUGCGAGCGCUUCCCGCGCCGGACCGGCCGUUCUGUUCCUUCUGGCCGUGCCUCCUCCGGGGAAACAGAGCUUCGGCCUCAUGACUCUGUGCCUUCCUGAAUCCCCAGCUGCUCCCCGUCUUCUCUCUGCUUUCUCCCUGCUUCGGUGAAUUGUCCUUUUAGGUGGUGUUGGGUCCCUUCUGUGCCUCCCUUUUCGUUGGUGUAAACCGCGGUCCUGUUGCAUGGUUGUGUUGGGUGGUGUGUUGUGCAGCGCCCAGACCCUCCAGUACUAAAAACCUUUGUACAAAAGCGUAAGUGUCUCCAAGUUAAUGUACCCAUCUGUUAGAAAUCACAAAAAAGUUUUCUAGAAAGCUUUAGUCAGAAGAUACUCAAGACUCUAAUUUUGUUUUUAAAAACUUAGAGAUAGCAGGUCCUCGUAAUUUGAAUGGUUUUUUAUUCAAGCCCUGGAAGUUUAAAAAAAUCAAGACAUCAUCUUUUGUAAAAAAUCAUGAUUUUCAUAAAAUUCAAGUUUGAUACUAGCAACAGUCUACCAUUCCUGGUGAAUGUAUAGAUCUUUUUGUUUGCUUCAUUGAUUGUUUGAGGCAUUUGCUAAUUUUUGUUGGUCCCACGUGGUCAGACAGUAAAGUGUGAACAAAGGAGACAGAAAAGAGAGGCACAAUGAGGAUGCUUUUGUCUUUAACUAUGUCAAAAGUAUUCAAUGUAUGCAUAUUCUGUCUUUGUGAAGUUUCCAGCUUAGUUUUGCAGUACUUGUUUCUUUUCACCCCAACAGUUUGUGUUUCUUUGGUGCAGUGAUGAGACCUUUCUUGAUUACAGGCUGGUUUAGGCCUGACAGGCCGAAAGUCAAAGCUCCAUGUUGCCAUCUUUUCUGGAAGGCUCUUGAAGUCUUUAUGAUGUCAUCAGAAUAGGUUUUUUUUAGCAAUCACUUCACAUUUCUACCCAAGCCCUAAAAGUACACGUUUUGCAUUGCAGUUCACCCAGCUUCUUGUGCACAUCCUCACUGGUGGAGCAUGGGAAACCGAAAAAUCCUUGGUUUAAAACUUAACCACAGCCAACACGUUGCUGUGUUGCCAGUAUUAUUGUCACACUAAUCCAAAACCACAGCAUUGUAUGAGCAUUAAUGCUAUCCCAGCUGUUGAGGUUUGGAAUAUUAGGAUUUUUUUUUUCUUGUAGCUAUCUAGAAGGUGUACAAAUCCUAGCUCAUUUAUAUUCCCAUCUCUUAUAUACUUUGAAUAUGGAACAGCUCAUUUUUCCUCAUUAAAGAGUAAUAUCCUAGAGACCACCUCGUAAUUGCUAGGAACUGAAUAUCCCAAAUCACAGCUUUUGUUAGAUAAUGUUUUUUAGUUCAUAUAAGAUAAGUACACAGAGCAAUCUCUGGGAUACUGUUAAUACAAUUCACUAACUCCAUUUAUAUGAAUUAGAAAGGAUUUGUCCUUAACAAGGCAGUGUGCUUUCAAAAAGGAAAAAGUUAAAGAGGCAGGAUGUCCUUACCAACUGGAAGUUGGUAGUCAUGAGUUUUAAAAUAUAUAGGUUUUGCUGAUGUUUCACUGUGAAAUUCAGGGGCUUUUAUUGGAUGUGUUCUAGCAAAAGUUUUAAAAAGUCUGAAAGGAAACUUCACUUAGUAAAAGAAUUGGAUGUCAAUAGUUUCCAAGUUAGUAUUGUAGUUCUUAAAGGUUGUGCCCUUGGCUUAUGGCAUAAAAUAUAACUGAAAUAAGGUGCUUAGCAAAGCGUGGCUGGGGAGAUGAGGCAGAUGAUGCAGAGAGAGCACUGUGCAAGGAGCAGUGGGCUGGCCCACAGGGUGGCCUGACAUUUGCAUCUUUUAACUCUCAGCCCUGUCCAGAGCUUUGGAGAAAGCUUACCUGUCAGCAUUUUCCAUGCUGAUGUAGAACUGUAUUUGGAAGAUGAUGAAAAAUUGAUUUGGAAACCCGGUUUAUUUUUGUUUGGUGUCCUGUGUUUGUGCCCACAUUAUCCUGCUGUGCUAGCCCUGAGAAAUUUAGAAGAAGCCAGGGAAGCUGAGAUACCAAAUGAAUAUGUAAAUUCCUUGUUGGCAUGUUCCAUUUUGGCAUGACCUAAAGAACCUUCUUCACCUAGCUGAGGCUAAGUAACUUAACCAGUAUAUACCUUGAUCUGAAAAUGGCUGUCAUUCAGCAGAAGUCUUCUAAGGAGUAUGCUAAAAGAUCAGAUAAAAGAUCUCAGGAAAAUUUGGUGUAAUUCUAGCAGAUAGAGUUUGUCUUGUAGUAUAAAUCUGAUUUUCUACACAAUGGCUUUUUUUUUUUGGCUAUUUGUCUUGUCAAGUUAAGGGUCUGCAUUAAAACAGUAGGUUACCUAAAUUUUUUUUAAUAAUUCGCUUUUCAUAAACACAGCUGGGGUUUUAUUUUCAGAAGGGCAGAAAGUUUCACACAUCCUGAACAGCAGCAUGCAGCUUCCUGCUUGAGUCUGAGGAGUCCAAAGUGCUGGAUAGCUACAUGGGAGCAUUGUAGAGUGUGUGCUGAUACAGGGCCGUGCUUUAUAAUAACUUGAUUUCUUUUUGGGACUUGGUUUUGCAGAUUUGCUACCUAGUAAUCAUUGGAAGUAAGUGAUUUCAUAGUGACAGUGGUAUUUUAGUGAGCAAAAGUAGUAAAGCAGUUUUUUAAACACAGUGUUUGAGAAAAUACUUGAUGGCAGCAUGCAUACCUGUUGGCUAUGAAAGAAUGUUGCUUGACAUGGAAAACUGCAAGUGAGCCACUUAACUACAGUCAAUAGUGUAUAGGAGAUGAAGAAUAAUGUCUAAACUACUAGACAUUAUUGCCCUAGUGGGGCCUUGUGGUGCAAUGUGCUAAUGUGUAUGCUUUAACCAAGUUUAGGUAGACCAGUAGGAGGAAAAAUACUUAGUAAUUCAAGAAUCCUGUGUAGCUGGGAGGGAGUUAUUUAAGAAUUAAGUCCAUUAGUUAGUAACAAUUGAAUCUAUAAUCUGGAAGCCAUUUGCCUUCAGGUGGACAAAUGUCUCUACUGCACCAAUAGUGAACAAAUAGCAGCUUGAAACUGCCUGUAGUGUAUAGUGGAUCCCUGGCAUACUUGACUUAAAGCCUUUGAAACCUACUGCAGUGGUAUGGAGCAUGGUACGAAAGACAGGUCAAAAUAAUCCUAAACUGGACCUAUUGCAAAGCAGUCUGUGACCAAGAACCAUUUUUGAUUCUUAGUCUUUGCUUCCAGGUUUUGAUGGGCUGUUUUGGGAUUGUUUUUUUGUUUGCUUUUUUUUAUAUUAUAUUAUAAUAAUAUUCAUUACUGCUUUACUAGUCCCCUGUUCCUCCCACUCACUCUCCACUUCUCUGCAGCUGUGCACAGUCUGUCAGGUGAAUUGUGGGGGUUCGAGUUCUCUUCAGCAUCAGGCAAAGGACCAGCUGGUGCUGAGCACUGGUAGAGCACUGGAUGAGCUUUAAAGAUGCCAUGGUAUCUGACAUGAAAUGUUUAGCAGAGAAGGACACAGGAGGGUUUUACUGUGGGCAUAUAGUGACUUAAAUCUAUUUCCUGUUAAAAUAGAAUGUCCUGUCUAACAAGCUUCCUGUCUAACAAAUGACAUUUGUCUGAGCUAGUAGAUAUUUUAUGACAUUCAAAGGAUUACUCCAAUUCUUUUAUUUAUGAUUGUGUUAAGUCUCGAAAAUAUCAACUUCUCAUAUAAAUUUCCUUUUUUUUUUUAAUGAAAAUGGUGUCUCAUUUAAAAUGUGUCUCAGAAAUUUCACUCCCCUAGACAUUUUAUGUUUUUGAAGUAAUGAUAUAACAAUUUCAGCUUCUUUGGGUAGUAAUUGAGCAUUAGAACUGAAAUGUAUGUGUCAAAUUUCAGUAUUAAGGAAAUCCCAACUGGCAAAAUUCUUAAGAGCUGAAGGAAAAUAGCUGUACUUUUGUAAUGGAAAUAUCAAAUCAACCUUAACAGUUCGUGACAUGGAUAUAUUAAUGAUUUUAUAAUUUGUAGGAAAUUAGAGGAAGUAUCUAUGGCUACUUUGUAUUGAAAGUUUAACAAAAUGGUUUUUCUUUAUCAAAUAAACAGUUAGUUCAAAAUAUGCAUUCCUUAAAUGAUGACUUAGGAUUCAAGUUGUUAAAUGAGAAUAUAUGGUAUAUGCCUUGGAGAUUUAUCUUGUUUGCUCUUUUUCUCUUAGGAAGCCUGACAAAUAGAAAAAUACAACAAAGUGAAGAGAAAAUUUACUUCAUGAGAACUGAGCUCUGCUUUCAUUUGCUUUUAAAUUUAUUUAUAUUAGUAGCUGAUUAGUGUCAGAUCAUCUCUGUAGUCUGCUGUGGUGAAAUUAGUAGGUUAAGCCUCGAAAAAAUGAAACAGUUAAAAAGAAAAAGAAAAAGCAAUUUUAGUGUUCAGGAAACUCAAACUCUCCUUAAGGAAAUCAGAAAAAGGAGAGAAGUACUCUUUUCAAAGCAACUUAAUACAACAAUUAACGAGAUGAAACGGAAAGCUUGGGAGGAAAUAGCAGAGUGUGUCAAUGCAGUAGGUGAAGGAGAGCAGAGAACAGGGACAGAGGUGAAAAGGCGAUACCUUGACUGGAGAGCACUCAUGAAGAGAAAACGUCUGAAUGCAAACAUCAAAGUAGUAGGUGCUGGGUUUCACCUUCCUUCAUCCAAUUUAGAUGACUCUCUCAAUGAAGACAUGGAUGAGAAAAUGGGAUUUGCAAUUGAAUCUAGUUUUGAAUGGCAGAAUAUCACUGACUUCAGAGAAGCUGGUGGAUCUUUAACAGAAAUCAAAGUAGAAGAGGAAGAGGAGGACCCGCAGAAUUUUGAAUUUCCUAUUGAGGAAGAAGAAGAAAUACUGUCAUCAGUUCUGCCAGAUUCGAAAAAGGAAAACGACCUACCAGACUUCCCCCACAUUGAAGAGUUUGGAAAUCUGAGCUCUGCUCAAGCUAGGCUAGCCUAUGAAGAUUCUCACUUGCUUAUAAAUCUGGAGAAGCAAAAGGUGGAGCUGGAGAAACAGCGACUGGACAUCGAAGCCGAAAGGUUGCAGGUGGAGAAGGAGCGCCUGCAGAUUGAGAAGGAGCGGUUGCGGCACGUUGACUUGGAGCGUGAGAGGCUUCAGAUUGAGAAGGAGCGACUUCAGAUUGAGUGGGAGAAACUCAGGCUAGACACUCUGCAUGCUGAGAAACCUGCCCUGGAAAAUGACCUCACCCAAACUGAAAAACCCAUCAUGCAGCCUCUGGAUCUAGAAACUGAAAAGUUAAAACUUGAAAAGGAACGUUUGCAGUUAGAGAAAGAGAGGCUGCAGUUCCUGAAGUUUGAGUCAGAAAAGCUGCAGAUUGAGAAGGAACGCUUGCAAGUGGAGAAGGAGCGCCUUCGAAUUCAGAGAGAGGGUCACUUGCAGUGAACGUCUCAGCUAAGGUGUCAACAUUAGUGUUUUGAUGUUUCUAAAUUAGAAGUAGUUCUUUCCUUGGUACUGAAACUGUCCUAGAGGCUUAACAUUCUUCUGUUCAGAGUUGAAUGUUGAUGUUAAACUGAAAAAAAAAAAAUGGUGCUCAAUAUGUCAGUGUGCCUACAUAAAUGAGCUUAUGUGUGAAAUUGCUUUUCAGUGUAUCAGAACUUAAGUGUUAUGUUCUCUUGUCUUCAGUAUUGUGCUGUAUUAGUUCAGUGUCCUCUCAUAGAGGCCUUGAGAAGAAACAAGGCUGAACCUUUUACUUUUUGUCUCUGUACUAACAGGAAGGAUCAGAAUAAAUCAGUGUUUGCUGUGAGGACAUGGUGCUGACGAUAGCCUAUAUGGUAAAGAAGUAUAAUUUUGGCAGAACACAGGAAUAUGGAGUCAUUAUGAGAGUGAUUCAUUAAAUUUUAUUUCACCCACACACCUUUUUUUCUCCACCCCCACAACUGGGAAAAACAGUUGAAGAGUUAUCUAGAAGUUAAAGUGCAAGUUAAAUUCCUUGCAAUUGUAUUUACUGUCGUUCCAUAACUUGAACUGAAGUGCAGAAAAUAGGUUUGAGGGUUUUUUUAGGUUUGGGUUUUGUUGGGUUUUUUUUGGAUGGAGUAUUCGUAUUAGGUAAAGUUACACAUUAGCCAUACCUACUAUGAGCUGGCCAGUUGGUUUCACCAGGUCAUUAGUAAUGCUGUAUGGAGUAGAGCACUUGUGUUAGCAUAGCACAGGGACUUACUGAUUGAUCAGCCAUGCUGUCUAAUGAGUCUGUGAUGAUCCCCUGAAGAAAACUGCUAGACCUUGUUUGUUCUUGGAAGGCAGUAGCUGGUGAUGGGAGUCUUAGAAACGGAGACACAGAGACUGAGCACAGCCUAAGAAAGAACCUCUGAGCUUGAGCACUUCUAUACUCAUUGCUGGUUCUGUGUGGCCAGUGCCAAAGUCAUGUCUGCAAGGCAGCCAGAAGAGGCUUCUGCGACUCUAUGUAAUAUAUUUUAAUUAGACAAACAAAAAUGGUCAGUGCUGAAGGCUCUUGGUAUUUUUCAUAGGCAAUGUAGUCAUGUAACAAAAAAAACAAACACCCAAGGAAGGAAGCUUUCUAUUAUUCCAUAUAUGUUUAAAUCCCAUCUGAGCCAGAUUUCACCUUUCUCAUCUUUUUGCAAGUAACUAUCUUGUCAACUCUAUUGGAGAUGUAGGACUGUGGGAAUACUAAGUCUAAACAUAUGUUGAGUGACUUAGGUGAAUUCUUGUGCAAGUAAAUAAUAUUUAUACCACUACAGGUUUACUUUUAUUCUGCAAAGAUUAUUUUUUUAUUACUGAAACAAAUGUGCUUCUACAGUGGAAAUAAAUUUGACUACUGCACU